AAAAAAAACUAAACGAUCCGAAAACUCGAUUAUUAUAUAUGUCUAUCGACAGCCUGUUGCUAUUGCAACCGUGACUUGUAAUUCAAAACACAACCGGAUGGUUUUAAGAAGAAAACCUGUAGAGUCAUAUAAGGAAGUUGCGCUUGGAUAAAAUCGUUUCAAAUGGGAGCGGUGUGCACAGUUCCUGCUCCGGUAACGCAAGCUGUAGACAUGCCUCUCGUUCUCUAUCAUUUUCCAGUUAGCUCGCCUUGUCGAGCUGUUAUUAUGACAGCCAAGCAUCUCGGCAUCGAACUGUCCUUAAAAGAAAUUAAUCUGUUUAAUAAAGAACAAUUAAAACCGGAAUUUCUCAAGAUUAAUCCACAACAUUCAGUUCCAACUUUGGACGAUAAUGGCUUCAUUCUUUGGGAAAGCCGAGCCAUAAUGGGCUAUUUAGUCAACAAAUAUGCUCCAGGAAAUUCUUUGUAUCCAGAAGAUCCACAGAAAAGAGCCGAAGUAGACAAAAUGUUAUAUUUUGAUAUUGGAAAUCUAUAUAAAAAGGUGCUCGAUUUCGUGUUUCCUCAAAUAUUUACUGGGGCUAAACCUGAUGAGGAAAAGAGGAAAAUAUUAAGAGAUUCUACUGCCAUUUUAGAUGAAAUUUUAUCUAAAUCACAGUACAUUGCUGCAGACCAUAUAACACUCGCAGAUCUAUCUAUAAUUGCUGGUAUCGGUUUUGCCGAGGUGAUGGAUAUUGAUUUUAGUGAAUUCGAGCAUAUCAAAAACUGGAAAGAAAAGCUGGAAAAAGAAUUACCUUACUAUAAAGAAGUUAACGAAAAAGCAUUGGAAGAUUUCAAAGAUUAUUUGAAAUCAAGGAAACAGUAAUACAAAAAUUUUCAGUGUCAGUUUCCAAAUUAUGGUUCCUAUUCCAUAUCGUUUAAUUUUGAUACUGUUCUUAGAAUAUACACAAUGUGCUUGUGUCUAUCUUUAUUGUUACGGCUAAUAAACAUUUAUUUGGAAAU